UUUUUAGGUUUUCCUGGUCCAGAUGUACUGGCCCUUUAAGAGGCUCCUUUGCUGCACUUGGCUCUUUUUUUCCACCAGUGUUUGUUUCACUAUGGCGAAGGAAUAAACAAACAGAGCGCAAUGGGUAGGAAAGCAGCGGUAACAGUGAACGCAUACAGCACCCCCGUUAGUGACUAACAGGCGUUAGUAAUAGUCCACUGACUGGUGGUAGGCUUCAGCGGGGUGUGCUCUCGUUAACUGUGUGGUUCGGGACGCGGAUGCUGUCAGCGCGAAUAGCAAUGAAAAGAGAGAAAAUAGUUUGCUUGUUCACAGUGAACACCUCUGUUGUAGGAGCCGCCGGUGAUACUGGCUAACCGUUAGUGAACGCCGGACCUUUCUUCGCUUUCUCACGGGUUUUCUCGGCGGAAAAUGGAAAGAAGAAGAGCAUACUAACCCAUCGACCGGUAGCUUAUAUUAUAAUAACACAGCUAUUUUUUUAUUACUCUCAUUCAGUCGGCUUUAUAACGCUGGUAUUUUUCAAUUCAAGUCGAGUUGACCUCUCGUCAAAAAUGCUGACAGGAUCUAAAACCACGUUCAAAGUGAGACAAAUGCUCCCAGACAUCAAGGAGAGGAUGUUGAAUCAAAGUGGGGUGAACGCAAGGAGUCGAGAUUUGUUUGGGCUACGCUGCCUUCCAGGCGAGUGUGUACUUCAGAGGGCUGUUAUGGUGAGAAAGAAGUUAACUGCAAGGGAAGGAAGAGGUUGGCUAUCUGGGACCCUCUUCUGUACCCAUUUCAGAGUGGCCUUUGUGCCCCAGGACAGCCCCAAACCUGACGACAAUGCAGACCCAGUGCUUUUAGGAGAUCAUGAUGUGGCUUUGGCAUCCAUAGAGAAAGUUGUGGUUGUGGGCCCAAACAGAACGAAGCUGGUGACCCCAAACUCGUCUCUGAAGUUCACUCCAGAGGAGCUGGUGCUUUACUGUAGGGACCUGCGAGUCAUCUGCUUCCUGUUUGACCGCCUCACUCCUGACGCACAAGUCCUAGAGAUAACUUACACCAUCGCCAAGACCUACCAGCCUCCCAAACCGGGGUCAGUUUUAUCUUUCCAGAACGCUGCCCUUGGGAGUGUAGAAAUGAAACAGUUUCUAAGCAACCGUCGUCGAGAUGCCCACAUGAACUGGUUCGAGUCUGCCUCGGACUGGGAGCAGGAAGUGGAGAGGUGUGGGGCCACUGGCUGGCGAGUGAGCUCAGUCAACGACCGCUUUGAGAUGUCCACCAGCCUGCCGAGGUUCAUCGUGGUUCCACAGAAGGUUUUAGACACUGAGCUGAAGAAAAGCUUCGCCCACUUCAACGAAGGACGCAUCCCUCGCUGGUGUUGGCGACACCCUCGAGGCAGUGAUCUGCUGCGAAUGGCCAGCUUCCAGAACAACAUCUACCACGAGAAAGACGACAUCAGGAACCUGGAGAUGAUCCUGUUCGGUUGCCAGUCCUCUCUGUGUGUGGUGGUGGAGCUGGGCGAGGAGCUGCCCUCACCUGCCGAUAUCCAGCUGGCACACAGCCGCCUGCGUGCUCUCUGUCUGGGAGAUAUCUCCACAUCUGUAUCUGUGCCUGAUGACAAAUGGUUAUCUACCCUGGAAAGCACCCACUGGCUCGACUACACAAGGUCCUGUCUGAAGAAAGCUUCAGAGGUAGCCUGUCUGCUUCGUGGCGGUCACCUGACUGUGGCACUGCAAGAAGCAGACGACCGGGACAUGAGCUGCGUUGUGUCCAGCCUGGUGCAGGUGAUGUGUGACCCUCACUGUCGAACCCAGCAUGGUUUUCAGGGCCUGGUGCAGAAGGAGUGGGUGAUGGGCGGCCACCGCUUCUACAGUCGCAUCAACUACCACCGUGACAAUGACAAGGAGGAGGCUCCAGUCUUCCUGCUCUUCCUGGACUGUGUUUGGCAGCUGUUGUCCCAGUAUCCGUCUCGCUUCCAGCUGACAGAUGACUUCCUGUUGGCCUUGCACGACAGCAUCCACCUGCCACUCUUCUCCAGCUUCCUGGCCAACUGCCAGCGAGAAAGAUGCAAACGCUCCCAGAACGUCGGGCAGUCCUACACGCCAGUCAACGGCUGGAGAGAUAUGCUUCAUCCGGAUUCUUCCUCAGACCCGUCUGACCCUCCUCUGCCCCCAGUGUGGGACUGGGGCCUGCAGUACAGCAAGCAUAGACGAGACCGUUUCACGCAGCCCGUCUCUCCAGUCCCUCCUCUCCAGCCGCUACUCAAUGGCAACCUCAACACCAACCCAGACACGCACAGGCUGGCUGACACCAUCCCCGGUUCGGUCUUCCUCCUCUCUCGAGGCACCUUCUCCUGUCCUGCUAACCUGCUGCCCUGGCGCAGCAGCAGUUCGGGCGUUUACAAGAAGAGCCACCGGAGGGCUGCGUCCUCUGAGAACGUGCCGGGCCUGGAGAGGCUGCUGAAAGCUUGGGCCCUGACCGAGUUUCCACAAGGCCUCACGUCCUCCUCCGGACCUCAAGGACCACUUGACCCCUAUGAGCCUUUGCUGCCCCUCCUCAUGGGACCCUGCAUGGGCUUGUGGAGGGAGUGCUACCUCCGGGGGGCGCUCCAUGCACAGGCGUUCUCCCACCCCAUCUCUGCAAACCAGCCCCACCCUGUGGAGCGGCUCGCCCGGGAGGUGCAGCAGCUCAAAGACAAGCUAGCACAAGUGUCCACCGGCACCGAUCCAAACCUGCCCAUCAAGAUCUCCGAGCCUCGGCGGACCGACACCAACCUGAACCAAAACACCAACAACGGCACCUUCCUCUUCCCAGCUUCGAGGCCUCACAGUGCAGUAGUGCCCAGACUGGCACUCCCUCCUACCUCCACCAACCACCACACCUCCAGGGGCCCUCCACCUGCAUCAGCUCCACCCUCCAGGCCCGGCCACAAAGACAGUGGAAGCGGCAACAAGCACACCUUCCUCUUUGGGCACUCUUCAGUAACAGAGGUCCGUCCUGACCAGCACUAUUACCCAGCACCCAAUAAUGCCAAGCUGCCAAAGAGCAGCGGGUCUUCGAUAGCUUCCUGAGGUCUGGUCUGAACUGGUCUCAUGCAUAAUACAGGCCGCUUCACCCUGUGACAGGGCACUACCAGUUCAUACCUGCGCAACGUUGCUGGCAUCAUGUAGUGAGGAGGCACAGGUGUGUGUUUCCUGUUACAGCGUAUUCGAUUGGCUGGACGGCCCAGUGAACUGCAGUAGUAUGAAGCAGUCAGUGCAAGAGCUCUUCACUUUGUUACCUAUCAUGAGUACUGUAUUAAAAAAUGUGACAACUGUUUUGUAUAUUUGUAAAGAAAAUCUUAGUAUUCAAUUUUCAACUGAUGAGUAUAUCUAAGACU